GAUCAAAUUUGUUAAUGCUUUUCCUACUGUUUCGUCUUUUGCCUUAACAACUUCCAUCUUGGCCCUGAGUGCCGUCCGAGUUUGGCUCGCUUCUCGUCUUGCUGCAGCCGAACUGUCAACCUCUGCCUCUCGCCCACUCGUUAACUUCCUCUCUCUACCUUUCUCUGCCCUCCUCUCUCUCUUUCUCUCGACAUCAACUCACUCUUUCUUCCAUCUGCUGGCCCAGUCGAUUUUCGUCUUUCCUCCUCCUCUGCAAAACCACUCUGCCACUCCCUCUCUCACCCUCUCACUUUCUCAACUCUCUCUCAUUUUCUCUGCUCUGAAUGGCUUAGCUGUCGCCAUUUCUCGGGCCAUCGCUCUCCUUGUCAACACGAACCUUCCAAGGCGACACUUUCUGAAUGAUUGUCAGCGAUUUUAUGUAAAGCCGGCCGGUCGCCUUACUAGGGCACAAUGCCGAGCAUCAAGCAAGAACCAGGCUCUUCCUCACGAGCAAACGGUCGCGGCGGUGGAAUGGCCACGCCCGACUCACCGGGAGCGGCGCCGUCUGAAACGGCUAGUGAACGAGUUCAGAGACGCCGCCACGUCCGGUCCACAGCGCCGAGCAUCUCCACGCGCAUCCCACCGCCGUCCGCUUCUGACGACGCACAGGAAGAUUGGGCCAUCGUACCUCGCCUGCCGCAGCAACCGUCCACUUUUGAAGACGAACAGGACGAUUGCCUCAUCAUGGAGGUCCGUCGCGGACCAAAAGUCGAGAAUGGCCCGGAGUUCUUGGCCUCGCAGAGCAUCCAGGGCUCGUUUAUCGGUCCGAAUAAGGCGUUACGCGACAUCGGCCAGAGGCUAAAGUACAUCAAUGACGCCUUAGGCGAGCUCCAGGCACGUGGGAUCCAGCACGUAGCCAGUCUGCCCGAGUUGGUCUUGGUCGGCGACCAGUCAUCGGGGAAAUCCAGCUUGAUGUCGGCCAUCGCCGGUCUCAGCCUUCCCCGCAGCAGCGGUACAUGCACCCGAUGCCCGAUCCACAUCCGCGUCUCGCGCGCCGAUGAGUGGUCCUGCCGCGUUUUUCUCAAGCAGGACUACGAAUUCCGUCCGCCCGACCAUCCCAUCACCGAGCGGGAUGUCACCAAGACCAAUCCGUUUCCCCCGUGGGUCCGGCUGGACCCGAGUCGACAGGUCCGCCGCGAGUUCAAGACCGUGCGCGACCAGUUCGACUCCGAGGAAAUCGAGACAGUCCUGCGCUGUGCGCAAGUGGCGAUCCUCAACCCGAGCACCCACUACCAGUUCUUCAUCCCGAAGCUGAAGGGUGAAGUCUCCGAGAGCACUCGACAGCAGCUCUUGGAGCAGGUAAAGAAGAAGGAAGAGCGGGCGGAAGCCCAGUUCUCUCCAAACACCGUUGCCCUCGAAGUCAAGGGCCCGGACUUGGCAGACCUGAACUUCUACGACCUUCCUGGAGUCUUCAUGACCGCGCGGCGCGCCGAGGACACCUUCCUCGAGAGCGUCGUCAAGAACCUCACUCGGGAGUACAUUGCCCACGAAAGCGCCAUCAUUCUGUGCGCGGUGCCGAUGAAUCAGGACACGGAGAACUCGCUCGCACUCAAGCUCAUCCGAGGUUUGGGCGCUGAAAACCGCUGCCUCGGAAUCAUGACCAAGGCCGACCUGCUUCCCAGGAAUGAUCACGCCGCCACAAACUGGCUGGCCAUGCUGAACGGCCAUGCCCACAAAACUGGCUACGGGUACUUCAUAACAUCUCGCCAGGGUAGCGACCUGGAAGAGCAGAACAAGAUGGAAGAGGCCUUUUUCAAUCGUACUGCGGAUGCGACCGGUCACUGGCCCGAGGUUUUCGACGGAUUCCAUGACAAGUGUGGCGUUGAGAAACUCAAGGCCUUCCUGUCGAAGAAACUCAGCGAAAAAUUCUCGACAAUCCUGCCCGAGGUCACAAAGAAGGUCGAGCAGCGACUCCACGACAUUAACGAGCAACUCAAGAAGUACCCGGAUCCUCCUGCGAACCCGGAACUGGCUAUAAUGAGGAGCCUCACCGAGUUCACCAUCCGCGUCAAAGAUAGGGUCACUCACCAGGAUUUCAUGAGUAUCUGGGACGCCAGGUGUGGCGAGCCGUUCAAAAAGUGCAUCAUCGAACUCAAGCCAAAGUUCAACGUGCGCGAGAAUGCCAGGGCGUCAAGACCGAUCUUUAUCGACCUCGAGAGCGAUAGCCCCUCGGCCUCGCCCGCAGUCCGUAAGCGCUCUGGCCCCAGUGAUCUGACCCAGGCGACUCCCAAGCGCCAGCGUGGCCCGCAGACUAACGGCUUCAUCAAAACCGAAGCCGUAGACCAACCCAGGUGGCCGGCGACGCCGAGUCACCCCAGAAGCGCGACGCCCGCCAAUGUCAUGACACCCGGCCGUGCCUCCCGAAGCAAGAGCCUGAUGGACAUCCGCAAUUUGAUCAAGCGCUCUGCCGUCCCCGGGCAGCCCGGCCUCGUGUCCGCGAGCGUCUAUGAGCCUCUGUACACCGAGGCGGCCAAGUUGUGGGCCGCGCCGCUCGACGCGUUCAUCAACCGCACGUUUGCCUUUCUGCAAGCCGAAAUCUUCGCCAUCCUGGACAGCGCCUUCGCCCACCUCAAGAACCGGGCCAUCUACAAGGAGUCGUGCGACCACAUGCGCGCCUUCAUCGAGACGCACAAGUUCGAGCUGCGCCAGCAGCUCCACCUGAUCUACAGCCUCGAGGCGCAGCGGCUGUUCACCAAGGACGAGGAGGCGCUGGAGCGGCACAAGGCCGCCGAGAUGAAGAUCCUGGUGCGCCACCGCAGCCACUUCCGGAUCGCCGCGCACAACGGCGACGAGCUCAGCGCCGUCCCUAAGCUGGACGACAUGACCGACGAGGAGCGGCGGCAGGAGGAGACCAAGAUGGCCAAGGAGCUCAAGAACCUGGGGCCGGACCCGUUCGAGCCCGAGCUCGCCGUCGCCGCCUACAUCCGCGGCUACUACCUGACCGCGGCGAACCGCUUCGUCGACUACGUCUCCAUCCACGUCAUGUCGGGCCUGCUGCCGCGCGUGGCGUCCGUGAUCGACACGUACCUGCACGAGAGGCUGGGCCUGGCGGGCGGCCGCGGCACCGACCCCGACGUGCUGCAGCGCCUCAUGUCGGAGGGCCCCGAGAUCGAGCAGAAGCGGCGCGACCUGCGCGCCGAGAAGGAGACCCUCGACGGCGCCAUGCAGAUCAUCGUCGACCUGGAGCGCCGCGAGCGCGAGCAGGCUAUUGCCGCCGCGGCAGCCGCGUCGGCGUCGUCGCAGUAUGCCAACGGUUUUGAUGCGUCCACGGCGGAGGACAUGGACGUGAUGGACGUCGGCCACCCCAACGGUGCUGCGGGUGAUCGCGCCACGGUGUACUCGGGUACGGCGUUUGGCGAUGCUUGAGUGCUGCGCCGCACGGCAUGUUGAGGGAGAGUUGUUCUGAUUCGUGGGAUUAUGGGUACAUUGUCGUCUGUGUUUUACAUCUCAGCCUGGCGUUGCCCAGUGGUACACGGCACACAAGGGCAACGGUCGGACCAAUUUUGUUGUUUUGCCCGGGGAUUUCAGGGCAUCGGACCCACGCUUUUCUCUGUACUACACUGGGGUUGGGAUUUGGGAUCUUGCAACUUCUGGACCAAAGGGUGCUACUGGCACAUGUCUCGGGAACUGUUUUUUUGCCUCAAGGAUCAGUUGGGACUGGCGGAGUUAUCAUGGACAAGAACCUGGAAGAGAUCACGGUCUGGGUCUU